GUAGUCUCGGGACUGGACCGUCGCUUGUGCAGCUUCCGCGGCCUAGGUUUGAAGAAAAUCCUUCACGCCGGGUCGUUUAACGCCCUAGAGAGAGGUGCAGGCCUACGACCUCUGCCCCCUAUCCGGGGGGCCAACUCCGCCCCUACUGGAGUCUAUCCCACAGCCCAAAAUGGCGGCCGAAGUGGAUUUCGGCGAUUUAGAGCUGUUCGAGGCGUUUGACCACCCGGAGGAGUCGCUUCCAAAGCCCGUUCACACCCGCUUCAAGGACGACGACGGCGACGAGAUGAACGAGAACGGGGCUGGCGACGCGGAGCUACGGGAGCGGCUUCUGCAGUGCGAGGAAACCAUCGAGCAGCUCCGCGCCGAGAAUCAAGAACUUAGAAGAAAAUUGAACAUUCUGACUCGACCAAGUGGAAUUUUGGUGAACGACACUAAAUUAGAUGGACCUUUGUUACAGAUUCUGUUUAUGAACAAUGUUAUUUCAAAGCAAUAUCAUCAAGAAAUAGAGGAAUUUGUAUCAAAUUUAGUAAAAAGAUUUGAGGAACAGCAGAAAAAUGAUGUGGAAAAGACAUCCUUUAAUCUUUUGCCCCAGCCGUCCAGUGUCACACUGGAAGAGGACCGUAAAGUAGAAGAGCCCUGUGCUGUGAAAAACAACAAGGAAGCUUUCAGUGUUGUAGGAAGUGUCCUGUAUUUUACUAAUUUUUGCCUUGAUAAAUUGGGGCAACCGCUACUAAAUGAAAACCCUCAGCUAACCGAAGGAUGGGAAAUACCCAAGUACCAGCAAGUCUUCAGCCACAUUGUUUCCCUAGAAGGGCAAGAAAUACAAGUAAAGGCAAAAAGGCCAAAGCCUCACUGUUUCAAUUGUGGGUCUGAAGAACAUCAAAUGAAAGAUUGCCCAAUGCCGCGGAACGCCGCGCGCAUCAGCGAGAAGAGGAAGGCGUACCUGCACGCCUGCGGGGAGGCUGGCGGCCAGGGCUUCCAGCAGCGCUACCACGCCGACGAGGUGGAGGAGCGCUUCGGCAGGUUCAAGCCCGGCGUGAUCAGUGAGGAACUUCAGGAUGCACUGGGCGUGACGGAUAAGAGCCUUCCGCCUUUUAUAUAUCGGAUGCGCCAGCUAGGAUACCCACCCGGAUGGCUCAAAGAGGCCGAGCUGGAGAAUUCGGGGCUUGCGCUCUAUGAUGGAAAAGAUGGUGCUGAUGGGGAAACAGAAGCUGGAGAAAUACAACAGAAUCAAAAUGUCACUUAUGAUCUCUCAAAAUUGGUAAACUAUCCAGGUUUUAAUAUAUCUACUCCCAGAGGCAUUCCAGACGAAUGGAGGAUGUUUGGUUCCAUACCAAUGCAGGCCUGUCAGCAGAAGGACGUGUUCGCCAAUUACCUCACUUCCAACUUCCACGCGCCGAGCGCGAGGUCUGGCCCCAAGCGGCCUUCGUCUCAGUCCAGCCCCGGUGGCCCCAAGAGACAGAGGAAGGAAAGCAGCUCGGCUUCCCCCGCUGACAUGGAGCUCGACUCGGAUGCAGACGUCCCGCACGCGUCCCCGGGCAGGGACGCCGCUCAGUUCCAGCCCCCGUUGCCCCCGGGCACUCCGCCCCCUCUGCCGCGGGGGACCCCUCCCCACACCUUCACACCGCCGCUCCCCAAGGGCACCCCACCUCUGACCCCCGGCGACUCACCGCAGACCAGGACGGCGUCGGCGCCCACUGACGAGGACACACUGACCCUGGAAGAGCUGGAGGAGCAGCAGAGGCGCAUCUGGGCGGCCCUGGAGCAGGCCGAGAGCGUGAACAGCGACUCGGACAUCCCUGCCGACACACCUUUAACUGGAAACUCAGUUGCCUCUUCGCCUUGUCCAAACGAGCUGGACCUCCCUGUCCCAGAGGGCACGCCCCCAGAAAGGCAGGUGCCAGGGGAGCCCGAGGACCCGGACGCGUGCACGAAGAGGUCGGAGGUCGACCGUCCCUCAAGCCCAGGCUCUGAGGAGGCCUUGCUUUGUCAGAAGGACAAGGAAGAGCCCGCUCAGACAGACUCUGCGGACGCGCUCAGCAACGGCGGCGCCGUGCCACACUGCGACGUGAGCAACGGAGGCAGCCAGCAGCCCCCGCACGGGGAAGCUAGUCCCGCACCAGCCCCCAAAAUCCACAGCCCCAUCCCUGACAUGAGCAAGUUUGCCACCGGAAUAACGCCAUUUGAGUUUGAGAAUAUGGCGGAAUCUACUGGGAUGUACCUCCGGAUAAGAAACUUGUUAAAGAACUCGCCCCGCAACCAGCAGAAAAACAAGAAGACUUCGGAUUAAGUGCUUGACACGGCGUCGAGAUCUUGGCCAUCAGCACUAGGGACACGUAAAACUGGCCUCCUGCUCGGCCCCCCGUGCGGCAGAGCCCAUCCGACCCCGGUGGCCUGCGGCCAGACCUGUUCUAAUGAAUUGGGCGGCCGGGCCUGCUGGGUCCUGUGUCAUUCACGCUGGUGGGGACUCGGGGGGAACCGUGAGGAAGAGCUGGUUUAGAUAUAGUUUGUUAAGGUUUAUACUAUUUUUGGAUUGUGAGUGUCCUCCAAGAGUGAUGGUUUUUAUCUGUCUUUUGUACAUUGUUUUCCCUUUCUACAUUUUGCUAAUUAAUAAGUUUAAUAUAUCACUUUUUAAAAGAAAAAAUUCUAACCAUUUUAAAUUCAUAUUUCAACUUCAACAACCAAAUGAGAAAAAUCAGGGAUGAGCAGCUUUAUCCCACUUGGGGUAUUUUUGUAAGUGAUUUACAUACAUCAAUUUUAAUAACUUUUACUUUUUUGUAACUUCAUUCUUCAUAUAAGCUUGCUAUACAGGUAUGUUCAUCUUUGUGUACAAAGGUUUAAUAAAUUAGUUUUCAUAUACAUAAUCCAAGACUUUGAAUACAGAAAAGUGAUUCACAGUUAAAUUGGUAUAUAAAACUCCAUAAGUUUGGAAGUAAAUUAUGUGGUUACAAAAAUUAGUAAAAAUAUAAAAAGGAAAAAAAGCAAAGGAAAUAUUAGGUAUUACAAAUCUGGAUAUUUUCAGUGGAUUUCAGCCUUCCAUAUAGAAGCAGCAGAAUCUUAAUCAUUUUUAAAAAAAUGAAUGGAGCUUGCCUUUGUACAGAAAAAAUUUCUAGACUUGAACCCCAAGAAAAUUAAUAGUUAAAAAUAAAAGUGGACAAAAAAUUGCUUUUAAUUGUCAGAUCUAUAAAAGCUGAAGCUGGUUUUUGUCUUUAUGUGGAACGUUAUCGCGUCUUUAUAGUCAAGCUCAUGAAAAUAAACAUUAAGAUCUUGAACUGUCAGUCUCAGGUAGUGCAGAGUGGAGCAACAGCAGGGUUACAGUUGUGAGUACGUGAGUUUAUUCUCACAUUAUUUAUUAAUUAUUGUAUUUUCCGUAGAAGCAACUGUGAGCCUGCUUUUGCCCCCCCCCGUGUUACCCUCUCAGGCCAGCAGAGGGAGCUAAAUACAACCGUGACGGAUUUAAUUUUCAUUUUGAGAACUUGAGUAAUCAAAUUUACCAUUCUCUAAGCAGUAAAGGGAAGGGAAAUUAUAUAAAGGAGGAAAUUUGUUUGUCAAGGCUCCGACAGAACAUGCCAGGAAUUGAGUAAAAUAUAUUGUACUUUUGGAUUUUCUCUCUGCUUUGAAGUUCAUAGUGAAAGUAACCUCUCUCAUGAUCCCGCUCUGUGUUUCCGUCAGAUAAAUGUAAUGUCACCACAUUGUACGUGUAACGUAAGGGAACUUCAGGGCCCCAGAGCGGUUACCGGGACUCAUCAGCGCUCAGGCAGCGGGGCCGGGAGGCCAGUCUUCCCCGAGAGGCCCGCCUGCUCUGGAAGUGAUGUUUUACGAGAGCCUCCUCCGAACAGCAGAGCGACGUCCCAGCUGCCGCCUCGGCCUGGCCACACACGUCACGUGAAGGCGUUUUCAGGCUUUGCCCCGUUUGCGCAAUCUCUGAGUUAGGUGAUGUUUUGUUAACUUCACCUUUUAGAGGGAACGCCUCAGACACACAGCUGGUAAGCAACCGCGUGACUAAAUCCAGGUCGUCCUGACCCCGCCCGCACCAUCCAUGCUCUUGGCCACGGCACUGCCUCCCUGUCACAGCCCUGGUUUCUUCAAAAAAUGGCCUAACUCGAUUUAUUCAGUUUUGUCUUAGAGGACACCACUUCUGUUAAGUCGCUGUGUGUGCUCCGGGGCGUUGAAAGAAGGCAACCGUGAGCGCGGGCUGGUGUGGCUCAGUGGAAGGUCGCUGGUUCCAUUCCCAGUCGGGGCACGCGCCUGGGCUGCAGGCCAGGUUCCCAGCUGGGGACGCGCAAGAGG